AACAGACGCGUUUUAAAAAUCUUGAAGGGAACCUUAAAAGGGAAAUAGAGAAAACAAUAUCUGCUAGCAGUGAGUUUUGCCGUUAAAUGUGAAAUGGAUAUUGACUGAUGACAUGCUCUCCUCUCCAUACAGCUUUUCUCAGGAUGUGAUACACUUGCAUGUGCGGUUUGUAUCUUCGUCCUUCGUCUUCAAUUCAUCAUUUUGAAGUACCUGCAAUGCCAUUUUCUGAAAGUUCUUGUUUUCUUUUCAGUUUGAAUCCUUAGCUUUUGGAGGCACUGUCGCGUGUGGAAUGAAUACUUUUUUCUUGUGGGUUAUUGCAGCCAUUCCUUCUUAUGGAGCUACGUGGGAACAGCAAGUAGCCAUUAGUCAGAGUGAGUAUAGGUGCUCAAGGUUAAGCUCAACCAUUUUGGAAAAUCCUUACCAUAUUUAAGCUGGGUUCCAUUGCUUCCAGCUGUGCCCAUUGAAGUACUCCUUGGUGGAAUCCUGGCUUGGUAUGAUCUUGAGCUAUUGAAAAUCAAACAAUUUGAUAGCUUGUGGCUUUGUUUUCUCUCUCACAUGAAAUAAGGAUUUGAAACGUCCAAAUCGAAUCGCUCAAUUCUGAGUAAAUGAAUAAAAUGCGAUUCAGCCAUUUGAUCUAUGAUCACAUAGACUUGGGAAGCAUCAUCCAAUGGAAAUAGAGCACGUCGGACAGCAAAGGUUGUCCAACACGCAAGCUUUGAUGGCGAUGGAACAGCUCGGGGCAUCAAGAGCAGAGCGAGACUGGAGACACGCCCAGCCCGAAUGAUUGAUGAUUCUUUUGCCGUACGAUUUGAAGACUUUGUUCCCACUAGAUCUCGGGCGCAGGAUGAAACACUGGACCCUGCAGCAGAGUAGAGGACCCCCAGAAGAAAACACCACCACCACCACCACCACCUUCUUCUUCUUCUUCUUCUUCUUCUUCUUCUUCGAAGCCAUUCACUUCCCCUGCAGAAAAGCAAUAAUGGGCUGCACAGAAUAGUGCUUCCUUUUCGUCACUUUUCUUUUCCCUUCACUUUCAUGUGCCUACAAAUCGUAAUUUUUACGUCUCCCUCGCUCUAGACUAGAAAGUUUUACAUUUCUUGUGCUCCCAAAGUCAAAACUUUUGCAAUCUGUCUCUGUUUACCUUUUAUGCUUGUGAAGCUUUCAACCCAGUUUCUCUUUUUUCAUGAAUCCCAGUUGAUUUGGCCUAAUUUUCUUGUCUCUUCUCCUUUGACUAUCUAUCAGCCCAUCAAGGAAGCAGCUGCCAUGGGAGACAGAGGAAAGGCUCUGGAAGUUUACAGCAACGACAUGGACUUCUAUUCAAUUGCUUCUGAAUUCCUCUGUAAGAAACACAUUUCCUCUUCCUCUGUUGGAGUAUGUGCUGAUUGCUUGAAAGAUCGGUUGAUCAAACUGGUUUGUUCUGAUUGUGGCGAGCAGAGGCUCUCCUCUUGCUCCUGCUCUGAAAUCUCAUCUAAUCGAAAUUCUUGUACGUUGGAAGUAGGAAGUGUUGGGAGAGUUUCGUUUUUGAUAGAGAAUGAGAGAAAUGGCGUUUCUUUGUUGGGUUUGAUGAAGCCCAAGAUUAAGAAAAGGGAGGAGGUUGUGCUGCUAGAGAGAAGCAGUAGUAGCUGUGUGGAGAUUAAGAAAAGUGGGUUUUGGAGGAUCGGGAAAUUUUUCAGGAAGAAGAGGGAGAAGGGAUCUGGGUUUGAUGAAAAGAGUGAUAUUUGUAUGGUUGAUUACAUGGGUGUGUCCAGGUCUAGAUCUCUCUGUAGUUUUCGUGGUGGUGGGUUUCUCGGGUCGGAGGACGGCGGAGACAUGGUGGUUUCCGGUGGCCGGAGCUCGAUUUCUGGUGCUAGAACUUCGAGUGUCAAUGGAGGACUCGUCUGUGAUUCCGCUAGAAGAAGUGGAUUCAGCGAAACAGAGCCAAGAAAAAGUGGUUUUGAGAGUGAUCACAGAGAAUGUGGGAAUUACGAAAGCGAUCAUAAUGGGUUUAGUUUAGCAAACAGGCGUGUUUUCUCUCUAAAAGAGAGCGAUUUUAAUGGAACGGACGAAUCUGGGUUCAUAGAUUUCAAGCUGGAUUUCACCUCAGAAACAAAGCCAGAGUACUCUGUUCCCAAAACAGGCAUCGGAGCCGGAGGAGGAUUGGGUUUGGGCGCUCUCUCAAACCCCAACUCUUCAUUUAGAAGCACGAGAGGUUUUGACACGGCGGCAGCGGCGGCGCAUGAAUGCAGCAGAGGGCUGUCCAAUGGCGGCGGAGGCUCCUGCAGGAUAACAGUUAGUGACAGAGGGAUAAAGAAGGGGAGGAAAAGCUUGAAAGCAUUGAAAUGGCUAUUCAAGCAUUCACCAAACUGGGCAAACGCAACUCCGAGGAAGAAGGAAGAAGAUUUGAUAUCUCAAGCUUGAAUUCAGUAAGAACAAAUGAAAGUUUCUUUCUUUGUUAUCUUUUUCUGUGUUUCUGCCAUCUUUACAAAUAUAGUUGGUAAUUGUUCUAAAGUUCUUAAGCCA